UUGCUAUUUCAGUUGUGCCCAUUAUGGAUACUAAGAUCCUAUACCAUUUAAAACAGAAUUAUAUUUGAAUUAAAUAUACACAUAUAUCCCCUGUUUCAUUAGGCAGUUGUGAGGUUCAUGAAACAACAUUGACCAAACAUUGCUUUACUUUCACUUUGUAACCUUUGCACUUAAAUUUGUGUUGUUUUAGGAUGGCACUUAAAUUUGUAUUGUUUUUAGAAAGGAUUUUUCGGUUGCUUUUGCCUUAAUAUUACUCUUUCUUGAUCAUAAGACAGACAAACAGGAACCACACAUUGAUGAAACUGAUGUUGUCACUGAAUGAUGGACAGACAUAUCCAAAUGUGUGGGAGUUACACUGAAUACAAAAUGGUGUUUAAAUAUGGUUACCAACAAACGUUAACAAUAGUUAAUUGUUUUUAUUAUAUACUUUAUUAUUAGUCUUGAUUUGUUGAAAACUAAGUAAUGAUGACUGAUAUUUAUUAUCAGAAAUAUUGUCUGAAAUGAAAAUGUUCCAAUUUCCAAGUAACUCAGCCUAAAUCACUAUAGCCUACUUGGUUAUAUUAAACUGUGAUACCACAGAUGAGCGGCUAGUAUUUCCGGCAAAAUGUUUGCCAAAGUUAAGAGAGAAACAACGUAGUGCCAGAGCCCGUCUACAAAUAUAUAUCCCAUAUUAAACAUUCUCUAGUAAUGCUGAGUUACAGUAGGCUCCGUGUUAGUGUAUCCGCCUGGAGAUAAGCCCACCUAGGACAUGGUAAUGUGGAAGUGAAACAAAAAUGCUUCAAUGGGCAUUGUUUUAAAAUAGCAUUUUACAAAUUUGAUGUUUGUCCUGGUGUACAGAUGCAAAAUAAUAUGUCAUAAAUGUCAUAAAAUGUAUGUCUACUGCGAGGUAGUUCUGUUUUGUGUCCUGGACAGAAUGUAUAAUUGUGUUAAGACUGCAUAAUGUACAUUGACCUGUGGUCAGUGAUUUAUGUAUUGGACGGAGUCUCUUAACUGUUUAGUUAGGUUUUUUCAGUAACAACAGAGUAUGGAUGGUCUACACUCACCAUAAACCAACUGGAUAAACCCAUACCAUAAAAAGAACUUAUCUCUAUAUUUUCAUCAAGAAUGCCGUUGAGUGAAGGCAAAGAUAAGUGACAGCCAGAGGGGUGGUACUGGUUGGUUUACCCCGUGUCGAGCAACGUACGUAAUACAACGUAUCGGUACUACCUAGUCUGCCGUCUACCACUAAGAGAUAAGAGACCAGUGUGUAACUCUGUGUGUGGGUGUGCGUGUGUAGAUUUGUGUGUAUGUAGAUUUGUGCGAAUUCGUGUCGUCAUGACGACCCUUCACAACACUCCGGAAAGGGCAAAACGCACACCGAUCAACCAAGGACAAGGUGAAAGCUGGCUCGGAUUCGCUAUAGAAGAUGCCUGUCUACAUCAGAAAAUGCCAUGUGGAUAUCCCAAGGCCCCAAGAGAAUGGACAAGGUGAGGAUGAUGAAUAUGAAUCAUACAUGAGAGACCCAGACCAGCUCCGAGAUCAGUUGCCUCAACCAUUUCGAAUGAUCGACAAGGUCCUGAGCAGACUGAUUGAUAGUGCAUGGGACACUAUUUCAGAGAGAGAAAAUAUUAAGAUAGCAGAGCUAUCCAAGAGGAACAUCCCAGUUGUGGAGCUGUCAGAUCACUUAAAGCUUCCCGUGAGGACAAACUGCUUGACUUGUUCUGAGGAUGGCAGAUACAUAUUUAUGGGUCACUCCCAGGGCUUGUCUGUUAGCAGCUCUUCCUCUCUUAUCUGUGUCUCAGCAUGGCUGGAGGAUAGAGUGGAAAUCACAUCCCUUCACAUCACUUGUCUUGGGGAGAUGACUUAUCUACUUGGUGCCCUGGAUGAUAUGGGUGUCGCCAGGCUCUUUGCAUUUCAGGCAGAAAGCAUCCACCUGAUCAAAGUUAUUAAUGAAACAGAAGACUUUAAUCAGAGAAAUGUUUGCUCAAAGUUUGAAUUAUCCAAUCGAGGAGAUUUUGGAUCUGCAUCAAUGAGCUGCAAUGGUGCUCACUGGCUUGAGGUUUACCGCUUCCCCAAAGAGUCAUGGCUGAAAGAACUGGAGAUGCUGCCUGCGGCAUUGCAAAAACAGCUCCCCCCAGGAACCGGAGAUGUAAAAUUGUCUCCUAUUGUUAUGUUAAUGAAAAUAAAGCCACCAAAAACUCAAUCAGGUUCCACAUUGAAAAGUCCAUUGGAGGUUCUACAGAAGACUGAAAAUGGCACUGUGAUAGGCUCUGGACAAAACCACCUGAUUAGCAGUUGCCAAUGGGAUGAUCAGGAAGCUGUUUUCAAGUCCAUGUAUAGAAAAUAUCUAAUUACUAACCCCUCCAAAACAAAGGACACAGAGGAAAAAACAAGCCAUUGCACAAGCCAUUUUCUGCUUCCUGGGGGUCUAUUUCCUGUCCUUGGAGGGACAAAACCCCUAUCAGCAGGACUGCCUGUUGCUGUCUGCAUGUGGUGGACUGGUAGCCAUAAUCUUCUUCAGUAUUUCUUGUGCAAAGCUCCCAGAGAUAAGCCUGACAUGGAGCCUAAACCAGAUGUGUUGUGGCCCAACGCACAGGAAAUCUUCUGCUCCACUGUUAGCAGUUGCACAAACUACAUUGCUCUUGGACUGGCGACUGAACUGGUUACUGUAUGGGACAGAUAUUCAGGGCUUCCACUGCCUAUUCUCUCGGUGUCAGCAGACAGUGCCUUCUGCCGGAUGUUGUUUGUGGAUUACCGCCAUGUGUCUUCUGAGGAAACCCUCCACUGCCAGGGACAAACUCAAUGCAAAAUCCACCUCCUGGUUACUUGUAAGAGUGGAGCAUGCCAUAUACUCACCACAGGGUCGGGAAUGGAGUCCCAGGCCACACAAAUAACAGAAAGACCUGCAGAUCCAAGGACUCUCCCUACAGUCACAGAAUCUGUGCCGUUCCUCCAGGGCUUGGUGUGUUUCAUGCACAAGAAUGGCACAAUAUCCCUGCAAGAUGUCAUUAGAAAAACCACUGUGUGUUUUUUCACCCUCCCUGCAACUCAUCUGCUGGCCACCCCCUGGAGUCCAAUUUUCACUCUAGACCCAGUCCAGCAAACUCUGUUAAUACGAGGUGACCAACAACCCAGUGAAAAUGGGUGUCCAGAAGGAAAAGACAGCAGUCUCUUUGCCUGCCACUUCCAUCAGUUAGCGAUUGUUGAGGCCUACAGAAUGGACAUAAGAGAUCAUUUGAAGGUUCAAAGAAGAGAAAGAUUCACAGAUUUGGAGAAUGGAUGCAAUCUGUAUUUCCAGAAAAGAGUGCAAUCUCUGGAUGAAAGGAACAAAGCCAUGACACAUACCUGGAACCAGCUCCAGCAGCAUGCUUGCUUACCCUCCACUUACAGUAAUGCACUUUAGCGGACAUGGCAUUGUACUACAGCGGAUCUGGGUGUUUUUCAUACAAGAAUAAAUACAGCAGUACCUUUCACAGCAUCUUUAUGUGUACGGACCCGGGCUGGAGCUGCACUCCCUGGAGAUCUGGAGUACACUUAAGUUACAUUUAUUGGAGCUUUACCUGACAAUGAUAAACAUAUCAUUAAAAAUAUUGUACAAAUAUUUAAUUUCAUUUACUAUAUGGCAUGUUGAGAAAAAAAAUUAUUAGUUUCUUUUUCGCCUUAGAACAGGGUUUAUGAUAUUGUUCAGGAUUUUCUUUUUUACCAAUGGUUCAUUGGUACAUGCUUUAUGACAUACUGCUCAGCCAUUUAUCACAAAUCAAUUAAUGUGUUGUGCAUGAAAUGACAUAAUAAUUUGAGUUAGUUAUCAGGAAUUAAUGUCAGCAUGAAAUGGAUGUUGACCAGGAGUCAGAAGAUUGAACCGAGCUACCCCACACUGCAGUAGCAAAAGCCUGACUCUAUAUGCUUCCAAGUAUGGCUUGUGUUAUGUUCUUAUAUGUCACUAUAGCCAAUGGAUUCCCGUUCCACUGUCAGAUAAUCAAAGCACGUGGUGGUGACAAAUGGUCAGUUUCAUUUUGUGAGCUGUCUAUGACUCAAUCGUAAUUACUGAACAUUGUUUACAGUUUGGUGAACAAACAUGGUAGGAAACGUCUGCAUGAAAAGAGGUGACCUAUUUUGAAGGAGGGUCACUUGCUGCACAGAAUCCAUUAGGAAGCUCCCUGUGUUACAUCCUUGACUGCCCCAUCAGUGCAGUAUGUCCACUUAUGCCCCCAAUCCAGAAUCUGCACAAGCAAAUACACAAUGGCGACAGAAUGGCAUCAGUAGUGCGUUCCUCAAGGCCUAAUGGCAGAAUCUGUCAUCUUGUGAUUAGUGUACCAAGGUGUGACAUGGCCCUUAACAGUAUGCACAGUACUUUACAGCCUAAAGGCUCUUCUUUAGCCAUCACAGGACUUCUGUUAAUGGGUUUGGGGAACCCCUAUCAUUGUCCUUGACUAUCCUGUGCAGUGUGUGGUUGCUGAAAGCCACUGCUGCAAGCUUUCAAUUAGGCUUGUGUCUGUAGAAUGGGUACUAGAAAUGUAAUGGUCUUCAGUUAUGUUUGAAAAAUAUCACCUUUAACUCUUUGAUGCUAAAAGGGUUCAAAGAGAUAUAAUUCAACAAAGCAUUUUUGUUCAAGCGAUGUUUGAUUGAGAAAUUGUACAUUAUAUCCAAUGUGAAAGGAGCAUUAAAGCAUAAUGAUAUCUAUUGUAUUAGACAAUAUUGCUAUAUUAAACGUUGAAAAAAUACAUUUAUCAAGUAGAUUGAAGUGUCACCCUGUGCAGGGCUCAUGAUUUGGUAGAACUUGGAGAACUAAGGUUUCAAUCAAGAUCUCUUUGUCAGUAUCAGGAAAUCCAUUAAAUGCUGUGGAUAUUGUCUUCAACAUGAAAGCAUUGAAUGUCAGAUGGCCCAAAAUGAUUUUUCUGUACACAAAUUCAAAUCGUUUUAUUGACAGUGACCAUUUCAUAAAUCACCAUCACUUUCUCUACUAAACCAUUAAAAGCAGAUGACUAAAACGGUUUUCUUAUUUUUUCUUACAAUUGCAGAGGCAGGGAAAUAGCUGAGGAAAGCAUUGUUAUAUUUGCCUAUUUUCACGGCCACUUAAACAAAUCAACCGAUUGGCCUUUUGUUUAACAUGUGUGCCUAUCAUAGAUUUGAGAUGGAGAAAUAAGUAGCUCUUCCUGGCUAUGAUCUAUUCCAUGCUCAAGUGAUAACCCACAUUUCCAAUCAAACAGGGAUUACGUGAUCAUACUAAUCCUCAGUAUUCAUCACCUUCUUGGAUUAUGUGGAAAUGUAUAGAUGUUCUCACCUAUAGGUCAUGCAUUGUAGGAUCUGUAGUAUUCUCAAACUAAAUCUUGAACUAAAUUUUGCAGUGUCGAAAAAAAGCAGUUAGUGUAAGUGGUUUUUCAUUACCUUCAGUGUGUGUUUUAUCUUCAUUUAGCGGACUGUUUAAGGUUUUCUUUAAUAACUAUAACUCUCGAGUUGGCUCUGGCUUGCAAUUUACAGAUACAGCUACUUGUUUUGUUACAUAGGACUUCCAUAAUCAUAUCUGGUUUACAAAUGAUAAAUGUACCUUGACAUUUAGGUUAUUGUAUUUGUUUGUUGUCAUUUGUAACUCCCAUCUAAGAAUGCUUUGUACAUUGUAGCUGCCAAACAGGACAAAUAACGCAAUGAAGAUUGUGGUGUGAUAUUUUGAUUAAAUAAAA